AUGUUAGCCGCCGCGAGGAGGCGCAUCGGAUCGUCCAAGGACACCUCCGGAAGUCUCGCGUCGUCGUCCUCGACCGGCGACGUCGAGGCGGCGCCCUCGACCGGCGCGGACGCGCCGCUCGUCCCCGGCGCGCAUUUCGUCGUCCGCCUCGAGUCCGCGGAGGGCCUGGACACGCAGAGCACGUUCGUCACCGCGCGAUGCGCCGCCGCGGCGGGGUGUCUGAAAGGCGUCCGCGUGCACACGCUCACGGCGAACUGCACCGUCGCGGAGGUCAGGAACCACUACGUCACGCCGGGGGAGUACAACACGCGGACGGUGUGGCGAAGCGCGCGAGAUCUUCGAUGCGACGUCGGGCCGCACGACUCCGUCCUCUUCGAGGUCUACGCCGGGUCGCCGUUGGGCGCGUGGGAUAAGUGCGUCGGGAGAGGCGUCGUCAGCGUCAGCGCGCUCGGGGACGGCGGCGUCGCCGUGCGCGUGCCGCUGCAACGGAAGCUCCUCAGCGGCGGCGGCGCGGGCGCGCUGUUCGUCUCGCGCGUCGACUGCGGCGGCGGCGGCGGCGGCGGCGGCGGCGGCGGCGGCGGCGGCGCGGCGUCCUCCUCCACGAACGCCGUCGGCGCGUCUUCGCUGUCGCUCCCGACGCCGCCGUCGCUGCCGCUGCGCGCGAAGAGGAUCUUCUACGUCCGUCACGGAGAGAGCUUGUGGAACGAGGCGCAGCGGGACUUCAAGUUUGGAAACAUGCUGAUGAACAAAGACCACCCGCUCAACGCGGCGGGGGUGUACCAGGCGAGGAAGCUCGCGGACCGGGCGUGCCGCGCCGCGAGCGUCGCGGCGACGAUCCCGGCGGGGUACGCGAAGCCGACCCCUAAACCCGUCGCGGUCGUCGAGAGCGGCGGCGGGGGGAUGAACUUCGCGGGUUUAAGCUUGGGGGAUCCGUCGUCGUUGAUCUUCGGAGGGAACCCGAUCGCGACGCCUCCGAAACCGAAACCGGCGGCGGCGGCGGCGGCGGCGGCGAGCGGCGGCGGCGACGCGCUGAUCGACCUCUCCGGCGUGAGCGGCGUCGUCGCCGCGGAGCCGAGACCGGCGGCGGCGGAAGGCGAGUGGGAGUCGUUCGCCGCGCCGCAGCCGCCGGCGGCGGCGGCGGCGCCGGCGGCGGCGUUCGUCCCUUCCUCCGGGUUCGCGGAGGAGGACGCGUUUCUCGACAUGGACGGCGAGGACGCGGCGUGGGUGCGAUCUUACGCCGCCGCGACGCGGUGCUUCGUCUCGCCGCUGACGCGAGCGGCGCAGACGGCCGCGUUCGUCGUGGAGAGGCACCCCGGCGCGCUCGGCGCGUCGCGAACGCCGCUCGACACGCCCGCGUCGACGCCGUCGACGCCGGGCGACGACGAAGGCGCCGGGACGGCGCCGCCGCCGCGGCGAAAGUUUGAACGCAUCAGCAGCGAGUACAGCGCGCGCGGCGGCCCCGGGGACGGCAGCGUCGUGCUGUUGCGCUCCGCGCGCGAGAUCAAGUCCACCGUCGGAAGCAACGACGUCGUCGGCAUCGAGCAAGGCGGCGGCAUCUUAGAUCGCUGCGCCGCGAAGUUGCGCGACGUCCUGGGCCCCGCGGAGGAAGCGAGAGUCGCGGACGACGCCAUGGACGCGUUCGCCGCGCGUUGCGACGUGAACGACGCGAUCGGGCAGUGGUGGACGGCGCAGAGCGACACGGACGGCGCCGUCGCGUUGGCGGCGAGGUUCGACGACUUUUUCGACGCGUUGCGGUUCGACCCGCACGAGUCCGUGCUUCUCGUCGGGCACUCGUUGUUUCUGCGGGAGAUCAUGCGGCGGUUCGCGUCGCCGUCGCUGUCGGGCGACGCGAACGACGUCGUGACGAAGCUCAGGGAGUACAAGCUCCAGAACUGCGGGUGCGUCGGCGUCGACGUCGCCUUCGACGAAAAUCUCGGUACGCCGACGGUAGUGGACGCGCGGAUGAUGUUCGGGUCGGCGUGCGUGGGGAAGGCGUCCAAGUACGAGGCCAUCGGCGCGGGCGCGGAGUGAGCGAACGCGUCGAGCGGAGCGGCGGUAAGUUAUAAACGUUUUGUUUUGGUGUUUUGGUAAUAUCGCAAUCUAGGAUGCUAGCU